AUGGCUUCGUGGCUCCAGAUUCCCAAGAACUCGCCCUUUUCGCUGGCCAAUAUCCCCUUUGGCAUUAUCUCGUCGACCAAGGCAUCUCCUCGCGUGCCCGCGAUCGCAAUUGGUGAGUAUGCGUUGAAUCUGAGCGCAUUCGCCUCGUCCUCUGGCUUCUCGCAGCUCCCCGUGAUCCAGCCUCAUCUCAGCGUCUUCAGCGAGCCGACAUUGAACGCCUUCGCCGCGCUUGGCCGUCCGGUACAUCGCCAGGUCCGUGAAUACCUUCAAGCCGUCUUCCGUGCCGACACACCAUACCCUCAAGUCUUCAAAGACAAUGCUACUCUGCAAAAAGAGGCACUUUUGCCUUUAUCAGAGGUGACCAACCACGUCCCUAUGCAAAUCGGUGACUACACGGACUUCUACGCAGGUCUUAACCACGCCUACAAUGUUGGCGUGCUGUUCCGUGGCCCAGAGAAUGCUCUGCAGCCUAACUAUACCCAUCUCCCCGUCGCAUACCACAGUCGCGCAUCGUCUGUGAUUGUUUCGGGCACACCGAUCCACCGUCCCAAUGGUCAGAUCCUGACCAACCCAGCUGCCAAUCCUAAGAUUCCUACUUUCUCACCGUGCAAGAAGCUGGAUAUCGAACUGGAACUGGCCGCGUUCGUUAGCACGCCCAAUGGCUUGGGCAAGCCAGUCCCCGUCAAUGAAGCUGAGGACCAUAUCUUCGGUCUGGUGUUGAUGAACGACUGGUCCGCCCGUGACAUCCAGGCUUGGGAAUACGUUCCCCUGGGACCCUUCAACGCUAAGAACUUUGCCACCACGAUCACCCCCUGGGUUGUUCUUAUCGACGCAUUGGAACCCUUCCGCGCGCCGGGUCUCGAGCCAGGUGACCGUGAGGCGCUGUUGCCCUACCUCCGUGAGAAACGUGCCGUCAACGCCUUUAAUAUUCCCCUCGAAGUCGAGAUCACACCCAAGGGCAGCAAGUCGACGAUUAUCUCGAAGAGCAACGCGCAGAAUCUUCUGUACUCGUUCCCUCAGAUGCUGACACACCACACCAUUACGGGAUGCAACAUGAACACGGGUGAUCUCCUUGGUAGUGGUACUAUCUCUGGAAAGGAACCGCAGACGCAGGGUAGUAUUCUGGAGCAGACGAAUGGAAAGAACCCAAUUAAGUUGUCUGAUGGUUCCGAGCGUAUUUUCUUGGAGGAUGGUGAUCGUGUUGUUCUGCGCGGUUCGGCUGGUGAGGAGGGAAGCUAUGUGGGCUUUGGUGACUGUGAGGCUACUAUUCUUCCUGCGUUGAAACUCGAGUUUUAG